GUUGCGGUGUUGCGGUGUAGCGGCACUGUAGCGCAGCAUUGCACCAUGGCUUCUCAGGUUGCACAGGCUCCGCACGUCAAUGUGAAUGGCCUCGGUCCUGUCAGCGUUCAUGUUCUACAUGGAACAGGACUGCAGCCAACAGUUGCAUACGUACCGGCCCAACGGUUCGUGGUGACUCCUCCCUUGACUCAACCCUUCGGAGUUAGGACCUCGCAAUCCAUUGACCCAGGUCGAGCUGCCUAUGGUGCCGGUGUCCCUGCAGGGCUGCCGUCCGGCAAAGCACCGGCGGUCGCCAUGCAGGUGCCCAGCGCAGGAUCCUUGCUGUCCAAGGGGCUAUGCAGACAAUCCACAGGGGAGAAUUUGGCCACAUAUUUCGACCAUGGAAGAAGGCGCAAGACCGCGGCACCCAAAGUGGUAGAGGAGGCGCCACGCAGUCCAAAGCGACUGCAGCCACAAGCGCCAACGUCGAUUCUCCAGGACCAGGAUUUGAAUGGGCCAGAUCUACAAGCAGCAUCACCAAGGGGGAAACCUGAGGCUUGGUCCCAAGCCGUGAAAAGGGUGAAACACUUCACGGAUCGUAGUGAGCAGCUGCACCAUGGGCCGAACCCAAUGGAGCUGCCAGUGGAAGUGGCACCAAGAAGGAGGAUGGUUCACGCAGCAGACAAGCCGGCGUCAGAGAGGGAGAUGCUCCCUCGACGCAGCAGCUCCAACGAUGCAGCAGAUGCGGCGCAUCGCCGUAGCACCGGGGUUUGGACUUGUCUGGAAUCCACCAGCGAUGGAGAGGCCAAUGAUCGGAUCGGUCGUCGUCGUUGGCUUCCACACUACAGCAGCAGCGGUGCUGCACGCGGCAUGCAACUGCAGGCCGAGAAGCCGGAAGCUUUGCAAGAGAAUCCAUCUGGUGAGGAGACAGCCAAUGGCUUUCCUUUAGGGAGGAGGCACAGUCAAAGGAGGCAUUUGCAAAGUCGAGAGAUGGGGACAUUGGUCGAUGGGCUGAGCACACGUUCGCCGGAGGAGUGGCAACAGGUAGCUCUGGGUGGAAAGCGGCGUGGGAGGACCAGUGAAGGAGCACAGGAGUACUGUCGACGAAGCUGUGGCCCCUGGGAGCAGCUCCCGGAAGGGACCAAAAAGAAGGAUGCCUGGGGCAGGUUGAGCCCCAGAGUGCCACCAGCACAUAGUCCGAGAGUGCCCUUCGGCACCGAACAGAACAAGAUCUGCGAGGCGACCGCAGCCCCAGCUCGGGUGAGGCGUUUUCAUUCCGCACCAGCACCGUUGCCUUACGGUUCGGAUGUGGACGUGCCAGAGCCGAGUGAGGCUCCCCGGAGUGGGCUUCCCUUGGGUCUGGAUGCCACCCUGAUGCCAUCGUCACUCUUUGGCCGAGAUGGAGGUAGUGGUGUGCCACAAAUCCCUGAGGAUGCAACCGUUUCUGGAAGCGGAGAACCUAGGAGGCACUUCAGCGAGAAAAGCGCUGUGUCGCACUUGGCCACUAAGCCACGGUCCAAUUCAGCGGACUCGGGCCGACCGGGCAGAUCCUUGUUGUCUUCCAAUUUUGUGGACAGGCAGAGAGCUACGCGGCAAUUGAGAGGUGGCAGUGCUAGAUUGCAUUCAGGUGGGAACUUGGCUCAUUCCUCACUUUUGCGACCUCAGAGUGAGCAAGAAAACAAUAGGACUGCCAGGUUGGCUGCAGGCUUGAAGGCUCUGCAGAGCCCUGAAGUGCCCCCCAAUGCGCAGUUGGAGGAGGCGUAUCGGAAAUGUCUGGAAUCGCUGCGGACCGAGAUUGAAGAACUGCAAUCAAGGUCAACACAUCUCGAAAAAGAAGUGCAGAAAACAGCCAUUGAGAACGGAAUGCUGAAAUUUCGCCGGGUCGCGCACGACAGCGCUGUCCCCUAAUCGCCGUAGGUGGACAUUUCUCACGACUUAGAAAGUUUAGACCAUCGAAAUGCUGCCAGCAUUUGGAUGGGUCGCCCAAUGUGGCAGACGAAUUCAUGCCAAUGUGAUGCCAGCCUGUGUGACAUUGCAAUCCUCAUGAUAUGCAGCUGGUGUAGGCUCUGGCCAAUGGAGAAAGACAUGCUCUCCCAAAAGCCAAUGUCUGAGGAAAAGAUCGCAU